ACCGAAUGUUCCAUCCCUCUUGCUGCACCUCCUCUAUCCCCUCAAAAGCACCUCAUCUACCGCCUACUGAACCUCCUCUACCAGCUACCACACCUCCUCUACCUGCUCAGCUGCGCCUCCUGUGAUUUAUAAAGCACCUCCGUCCCCUCUACCGCUCUUCCUCUGUCUCCCAACUGUCCCCUUCUCUACCACAUUUUUCUGGCUUUCUCCUACCCCCUCUUCCUCCUCCGUCACCUCUAGUAACCCCCUCCCCUGUGAGCCCCAUCCUUGUGUGAUUACAAGGUCUGGGUCACCUCCCUCUCUCCUCUCCUGAUGACAUCGCAGCAAGUGCAUGCGGAGAAGGCGGGGCUGUCCUCCCUUACGUGCGUGGCUGCACCUGAGGCGUGUUCUGUGCUGUGUAAUACGUGGGUGGUGCCGCUUUGACGUUCCAGCCUCCGCUGUGUGCAAUAACCACACAUCACUCGCUUCAGUAAAACAGAGCGUGACAUUUUUACUCUGUUUAUGUAGAGAUGACUGCUUUGGGUGUCAUCGCUUAGAAUGAUAUAAAUGCCAAGGAGAGAAUUAGGAAAGGCAGAUACCUGGGUGAGAUUACGAGAACUCAGUUUAGAAAAGCUGAAUGGAUUGGAACGUUUAGCUUUGGGCUGUUAUUUUAAGCACAGCCAUUGCUGAUUGACUUUAUGUUUUUUUAACUGUGUGCCAUGUCAACAUGCCCAUUCCCUGGCAAGAAAAAAGCCCUUUGACAUACUACAAAUCAUACGCCUACGGAUGUCCUGCUCCAUAAAGCAUCGCUGUGAUCGAAACUCACCCCAACCAAGCUGUUAUCACUGGAAUGAGUGGUGAGAGAUGGAUGCUAUUGCGAAAUCAAGCUACGUCACUACGAGGCCCAGGGCUCUAACUUCCGGUCCAGACUGCUGUGGUGUUCACAUGGCCUUCAUCAUGCAUGGAACUAUUAACAUCUACUUUGGUGAAUUCAGCACUGAGUCCUUCUCUCUUUAAGUCUUCGGUUUGAUUCUGAACUCCGAGAAUAACCGUGAAAUCAUGUCCUUUAAUCUUCACUAACCUGCACCAAUCACGUGCCUCUGAAUCUCUGCUGCCUCGGCGGGUUGGUGAUCUAAUCUGACUGUUCCUUUUGCUGAAGAGGGUUCCGCUCUUCUGCUCUUUGGAACGUGGAAUGUCCUGCUCUGCAUGUUGAACCUACACUAAUCAUUCCUUUGAUUAUAUUUGUACAGAAUUAUUGUGUUAUAUUGUGUGUAUGUGGGUAUAUGUGUGUGUGUGUGUGUGAUAUGAGGUGUGUAUGUGAUGUGAGGUGUAUGUGUGUGUAUAUGUGUGAGAUAUGAUAUAAGGUGAGUAUGUGUAUGUGUGUUUGUGUUUGUCUGUGUAUGAUAUAAUGUGAGGUUUGUGUGUAUGAUGUGAGGUAUGGGAUGUGCAUGAGUGUUAUAUGAUGUGAAGUGUGUGUUUGUGUGCGUACGUGCGUGUGGGUCUAUGUGUGUGUGGGUAUGUGAUGAUGUGAGGUGUGUGUUUGUCUGUGUGUAUGUGUGUACAGUAUGCGUGUAUGUGUGUGAUGUAAGGUAUGGGUUGUGCAUGAUGUGUGUGAUAUGAUGUGAGGUGUGUAUGUGUGUGUGCUAAUAAUGUGAUUCUCCUGUGGUCAGGGUCAGGAGGACCAACUCCUGUGAUAAGCUGUUGAAAGACGCCCAGGACAAGCCUCUGAAACAAAAGCUGGGAAGAAAGGCAGCAUCCUCUGCCAACCUGCUCACCCGCUCCACCAGCCUGGAGAACCGAGCCAAGGACCUAAUCUCCAGCCCAGGAUCUACAGGUUCCAGGAGAGGAACUUAUGGACAGGGCCAUUCCAUAAAGAUGUUCAUUCGAGGCCGGCCAAUCACCAUGUAUAUCCCCUCCAACAUCCAGAACUAUGAGGACCUAAAGAUGGAACUGCCAUCUGAAAAGCUGGAGCUUGAUUGGGUCUAUGGUUACCGGGGACGGGACUGCCGGGCCAACCUGUACCUGCUGCCCACGGGGGAGGCGGUGUUCUUCAUCGCCUGCGUGGUGGUCCUGUACGACAUCAACAAGCGCACACAGCGUCACUACCUCAAGCACACCGACUGUGUGCGCUGCUUGGCCAUUCACCCAGACAGGGUGCGUGUGGCAUCGGGACAGUCGGCCGGAGUGGACAAAGAUGGCAAGGCUUUGCAGGCUUUUGUACAUAUUUGGGACUCCUGCACCCUGGUGACCCUGCAGCAGAUUGGGCUGGGCAGCUUCGAGAGAGGGGUGGGCUCUGUGGCCUUCUCACACGCGGACUCUGGAGCGUUCCUGUGUGUGAUAGACGACUCUAACGAACACAUGAUGUCUGUGUGGGACUGUGCCAAGGGGACUAAACAUGCAGAGAUUAAGAGCACCAAUGAGGCCGUGUUUGCUGUGGAGUUCAACCCCAACGACAGCAACAACAUCAUCACCUCCGGAAAAUCCCACGUGUACUUCUGGACCCUGAGCGGGGGCGCAUUGAGCAAGAAGCAGGGCAUCUUCGGCAAAUACAAGAAGCCCAAAUUUAUCCAGUGCUUCGUGUUCAGCGGGACAGGCGAUGUCCUGACCGGAGAUUCAGAGGGGAACAUCCUGACCUGGGGGAAAUCGGCUGCUGAUGUGAAAACUUUGGGAAAAGGAGCUAAAGAAACCUACCAGAUCAUGCGGCAGACUCGGGCGCACGAGGGCAGUGUCUUUACGCUGUGUGUCCUCCAGGGCGGCGGUAUUCUCAGCGGAGGGGGAAAAGACCGCAGGGUCAUCCGCUGGAGCGUGGACCUGGCACCAGAGAGAGAGUGUGAGAUCCCAGAACAGUUUGGUGCGGUGCGUACCAUUGCAGAUGUGGACGGGGAGGAGUUGUUAGUUGGUACGACCCGGAACGCAAUUCUGAGGGGCACCUUCUCAGAUGGCUUUGUGGCCAUUGUGCAGGGUCAUAUGGAUGAGAUGUGGGGGCUGGCCACACACCCCUCCCAGAACAUCUUUCUCACCUGUGGCCAUGACAGACAGGUGUGCCUAUGGAACACCGAGGACCAUCGACUGGACUGGACCACCACACUGGAGGAGUCUGGGCUGUGUGCAGAUUUCUGUCCUAACGGCAAUGUGGUUUCUGUGGGGCUCAACACAGGAAGGUGGGUGGUCCUGGACUUGCAGACCAGAGAGGUCGUUUCGGAUUAUACCGAUGGGAACGAGCAGCUGUCCGUCAUGCGAUACUCCCCAGAUGGAAGCUUCUUAGCGGUGGGUUCCCAUGACAACUUCAUCUACAUCUACAAUGUCACAGAGAACGGACGCCGCUACGCGCGCUUCGGAAAGUGCACUGGUCACUCCAGCUUCAUUACGCACUUGGACUGGUCUAAGGACGGGAAAUACAUCAUGUCCAACUCUGGGGACUAUGAGAUACUCUACUGGGAUGUGGCCGGUGGUUGUAAACUGCUGCGGAAUCGCUUCGAGAGUAAAGACCGGGAGUGGGCGUCAUACACCUGCGUGCUGGGCUUCCACGUGAUGGGGGUGUGGCUGGAGGGCUCAGACGGCACGGACAUCAACGCCCUGUGUCGCUCGCACAGUGAAAGAGUGGUGGCGGUGGCCGACGACUUCUGCAAAGUGCACCUGUUCCAGUACCCUUGCCCAAAACCCAAGGCCCCAAGCCACAAGUAUGAGGGCCACGGCAGUCAUGUGACCAACGUGCGCUUCACUCACAACGACAGCCAUCUCAUCUCCAUGGGGGGCAAGGACACCUGUGUGCUGCAGUGGAAGGUCACGCGAGGGGGCGUCGGGGGGACCCUGGAUCGAAGCAGCUCCGUGUCCUCCGCGUCCAUCAGUUCCCAGGAGGCUGCGGCCUAGAGACAGGAGGAACGUGUGUGUUUGUGUUCAUGUGCACGCACACGUGUGUGUGUGUGUGUGUGUCUGUUGGCAUGUGUGUCUGUAAAUUUGUGAGAGUGUGUUCAUGUGUGUAUGUGUUUGCGUGUGUGAGUGUAUGUUUGCCUGUGCAUGCAGUGCAGAAGGCAGACUGAGAGGCAGGAGAAGUUCAGCGCAAGAGACUGACUGAGCAGAAAAAUUACAGAAUUCAAGUUGUGGUGCUGGAAGAGCUCUGGGGAAGAAUGAGGUUGGCAUGACAAUGGGAAGGAGGGAAGAAAUUAGAUAAAGAUAAGAGUGCUGAUUUAGCUGGAGGGGGCAAGGAAGAGUGGAAGCAGAGAGAUGAGUGGGAGAAACCGUAUGGAGAAAAUGGAGCGGCCGGACGUCAUCACGACAUGAGAGAGAGAGAGAGAGAGACAGAGAGAGAGAGAGAGAGAGAAUAGGCAAAGGAAAAGAAACGGUCCUUGAGUGGGUGAGUAAGUAUCACUUUGGUUUAGCGUCGUGCAGAAUAUCAACUCCACUGAAGGCUCUUUGGACGAUGUACCCGCCCAGAGGGCGCUGUUCUAAUGCCCAACCGUGGCCCGUCUCUGCUGUCUGGGACGCAGCGUGGACCCUGAGACGCGGUGUUGACCCGCACACCACGCCGUGUGUGCACUACCAGGCCUCGGCAUGUCAGCGCUCGCCUUCAGAAACAUCUGGGCUUAUUCCUGCAUUUCAGUUUCCACAGCUCAUCCCUCAGACAUGCAAUCAACAGCAUGAAGAAAAAUCCGGCCAAGCCAGAGUUCACCAUCUUUGGCUCGGUAGACCAGCUGUGCAGUGGCCACGUGUCACGCACUAUCAGCCUGUAACCAUUAGGAACAUUUGAAUAGUCACAAACGUAGGAAAAUGGCAAUGGAAAUAGACUUUACUGGAAAACCCAUUACCUGUGCAGUAUGGACCAUAAGUAAAGGUCAGAGACCAAUUCUGGAGACAUUUCUGAAUUUUUAGUGUUCUAUUUGAGUUUCGCUUUAUUUUUCCAGUUCUCCUUAUAACUGUUAUUGUCCAAAAAGGUUGUCCAGCCUAACCCAUCUCGAAUGCUAUAUUUGUACUGUAACUGAGCCGUCUGAUAAGGCUGAUGAGACACUCUACCAUGCAUUGCCAUUGGCGUGGAGUACUUGCAUGCUUUUUUUGUACCUUAUUAGAUAAAAACCGCCUAAUAAUUUGCUGUCGCAUCUGAACAUUUACUUGACGUUAGCGUUUUAAUUCUUCAUGCCAAGAAUUUGUGUCCAAGUGCCUAUUUCUUGUGCUUUUCUGUGAAAAUUUUUAUCCAUCACAUAGAUAAAAGGCAAACCAGAUAUGUCACGUGGAGCAUUGUCAUUGUCUAAAGGACCAAACAUCCUUUGUACAUACUUUUGCAUUUAUACUGACAACGUUCGUUCACUAUAAAACUAAUGUUUGAAAUGUGAGCCUUUUUGUGUCAAUAAACAAUUCAACCUGGAAAAAAUAA